AGAUUAAUGUUUGUUAGGCCUUAUCUUAAAAGGGGGGGAGGGGGGGUGUCAGUUAGCACUUAGUAGUAUUCUACACCUUCACCUGGAACUGAAUGGGUUACCUGACAAGAGAUCUCGGGAACAGAAAUCAGACAUGCAGCCAGGAAAAGUCUAAUCACUGUUCUGUUUAUUAAAAAGCGCACCAUACUUUUAUAGAAAAUGGUUACAGUAUAUGGGGUUAAACAAUGACGUAUCGUAAAUCACACCAUGUUACACAGCAUGAGUUAGAACAAAGGGGCACAGUAAAAUAUAAGACAAAGAAUCAUACCAAGAAACUAACAGUUUUAGAUAACGCAUCGCUAAGGACAUUACAAGGCCAUUGUUGAUGUACAAGUAUUUCUAACAUCAGCAUAUUUUCUUCACAGCAUAAUAAACUACAUUAUAAUGAAAUAUAAUAAACACAUCUUAAAAUGGUGGUUACACAAAAUGGCUUCAGUAAUGCUAAAUAUAUUCUAACAAUGUUAAAUCGGUUAUAUAUUCAUUUAUAUAUGUUAAUAUUAAUUUAUAGAUGUAAAUAUUUGAUAUGCAAAAAGUAACAGAUGCUUUGUUUUUGUUAAUUGAAUACAUAUUAAGAUGCCUUUUUUAGGUGCAAAAAAAUGGUUUCAUAUCCAUUUAACAAAAUAAUCUGAUUCUAUUCUUUAUUAGAACUAACAGGUCACAGUGAUUAAAAUCUAUACACAGGAGCUGCAGAACUGGUACAGAAUAUUCAGCCAGUGGAGACCCCAUCAGACGUCUCUGCAGAACUAACAGGCCACAGUGAUGAAAAUCUAGACACAGGAUCACAUGGAGACCUUGUACAGAAUAUUCAGCCAUUAGAUGUCUGUACAGGUGAAAACGAUGCUAAGAUUUCAUGUAACACGAAAAAAACUGAAGAUCAGUGGCUAAGAAAUAUGCCAGAAGCUGCAGAGCUGGAAAUUUGUGCCAAUAUAAGUACAGGUGAAUUGACAAGCUGCAAUAAUCCUAGUCAUGAUCAGAGUGCAGAUGCUUCUUUAUAUCUUAUUCAAAAUCAAAGACGUCACGUGGGAAAUAUAUGUUCUGAAUGUGGGAAAUGUUUUCUUACAAAAUCACAUCUUUAUAAACAUCUAAAAAUUCAUAAAAGAGAAAAGCUAUUUUCCUGUCCUAUAUGUGGGAAAUGUUUUAAACAUAAAAAAACUCUUGUUGCUCAUCAGAAAAUUCAUACAGGAGAAAAAAGAUUUUUAUGUUCUGACUGUGGAAAAUAUUUUACUCGGAAAUCAAAUCUUAUUGAUCAUCGGAAAAUUCACACAGGAGAGAAAGCAUUUUCUUGUUCUGACUGUGGGAAAUGUUUUACUCAGAAAUCAACUCUUAUUACGCAUCAAAAAAUUCAUACAGGAGAAAAAGAAUUUUUAUGUUCUGACUGUGGGAAAUGCUUUACUCAGAAAACAGAUCUUAUUAGGCAUCAAAAAAUUCAUACAGGGGAGAAAGAAUUUUCAUGUUCUGACUGUGGGAAAUAUUUUAUUCAGAAAUCACAUCUUAUUAGUCAUCACAAAACUCAUAUUAAAAUAAAACAGAAUUUAACCUCCUAAGUGCCGGGGUUGAUACGUAGUUGUUACCCACACAAUACCAAGUGCUGAUGAUGACUGCAUGUGACCCCCUGGGGCGUUUUAGAGCUGUUUGAGGUCCCUUCUGCACCUCAGGCGUUUGAGGUGACCCCCAGGGUGUAUUUGAAUUAAAUCACUAGUCAUUAAUAGCGAUUUAAAUAAUGGUUUUCAGUUUUAGAAUAAUAACUUUUCUUUUGCAAGAUGUACCGAGUCCACGGAUUCAUCCUAACUUGUGGGAUAUUGUCCUUCCUGACAGGAAGUAGCAAAGAGAGCACCACAGCAGAGCUGUCUAUAUAGCUCCCCCCUUAACUCCACCCCCAGUCAUUCUCUUUGCUGGCUCUAAGCAGGAAGGGUAAAGAGGUGUUAAACUGUUAGUUAUAUUUUAUCUUCAAUCAAGUGUUUGUUAUUUUUAAAUGGUACCGGUGUUGUACUAUUAACUCUCAGGCAGGACAUAGAUGAAGAUUUCUGCCUAGAGGAUGAUGAUCUUAGCAUUUGUAACUAAGGUCCACUGCUGUUCCCACAGAAGCUGAGGAGUACAGGAAAACUUCAGUGUGAGGAACGGUUUCUUGCUAUACAGCAAUGAGGUAUUAUUACACACGAACAAUGGCACUACAAGGGCUUUUUCCCUGUUAUUCAAUAAUUACAGACUAUAUAAUAUGUAUUUGUGAAACAAAUAUUGCUUAUAUAGGGAAUGGUGCUAAUGCAUAAGUAGAUAAAUUUCAGAAAACUAAGGAGAAUCACACAAGGAGUGUGGAUAUCUCCUGGAAGUAUGCACCUGAAAGCACUCUUAGCCUAGACUCUGUGGCAGUAAUUCCAGAACGGGUAAAAUUAAAAUAUAACUUUUAUUAUGAAUUGCUCUUAAAAUAAGGGUAACACACAAAUUAAAAACGACACUAGCACCUCCAAGACAUCUAUUAAGUGGUUCACUCUUUAGGAGGACUUAUUAGA